AUGGAGGCUUUUAGGUCUCACACUGGAGAAAAGCUCUACGAUGGACCCCCUGAUGGUGGGUAUGGAUGGUGGAUAGCUGCUGGCCACUUCAUCAACAUCGGGAUCGGAUAUGGCUUCACAAAGUCCUUCGGCAUCUUUUUUCCUUACAUCAAAGAAGAGUAUUCAGUCGACAACACAACCACUUCUCUCGUCUUUUCUAUCAUGAUGUUCACUCAAUACUCAGGUUCUCUUAUUGGAAACUUAAUCUACCGUCAAUAUGGCCCCCGCCUGACCCUGAUGAUCGGCGGCAUCCUGUGCGGAUCCGGGUUAAUUCUCUGGGCCCUGCUCAAGAGUCUCUUCGCCCUGUACAUCGGAGUCGGAUUAUUCGUCGGCCUAGGUUUUUCUUAUGUCAUUCUUGUGGGAAAUGCAACUCUUUCUCGUUACUUUAAAAAACGACGACCUCAAGCACUGGCCUUUUCGAUGACAGGUGUUCCAGUGAUGUCGAUCAUCUUCCCGCUUAUCUACGAAUUUCUGUAUGAAACUUUUGGAAUGUACGGUGCUGUUCUCAUUGUUGGUGCGAUUCAAUUAAAUGUCUGCGUCGGUGCCGCCUUUUUCCGCCCUAUCAACCUCAAAAGUGACCAUACCGGUACUGCCCAGCUCUCCCUUAUCAAAAAACUCUCCAACGCCUUUGGCCGACUUAUCCGAAAUCCCAAUUUUCUGAUACCGCUGGGAGGAAGAUUGUGCUCGACGAAGUUUAUCAGAGAGAAGCUGGGCACUUUUGAGACUUUCUCCCUCUGCGUCGUUGCGCUCGGUUGUUGCAACCUCUUCGCUCCGUUUUGGGUGACGAGCUUCAACAGUUUUGCUGCCUAUGGAGUCAUUUUCGGCCUCUGCUUCGGUCUCACCAUCGGUGUUGAAUGGUCGAACGUCUCCGAACUCGUCGAAACAGACAUUCUUUCCGAUGCAAUCACUUUCAUCCAGCUCGAAACCUCGAUCGGAGUCCUCUUGAGUCCAUUGGCCGGUGGCUACAUUUCCGACAAGACUGGAGACUACUCGUACGUAUUCUACAUCGCUGGAAUGCUUCUCUUAGCUGCCGCAGCUUUCGCUGGAGCUGUUGCGGUUCGUCGACGAUGCUCGCUCAAAGAAAUGGUUGUUGAAGAAGUUGAACCCGUCGCUGCGAGAAAGUCUUCGAUGAUGGCUGAAAAGGAUGGUUUUGAAAUGACGAACUCGGUGAUGCUCAAUGCGCCAGAUGGAAGCCAGAUUGUCAACUCCAAGAGCUUCUUGGGAGUGAAUGUUGCUGUGAACCCGAAUGCGAGAUUUAGGGGAAAGACUAAGGAAGAAGCUGAUAUGGCCGAUGGAAUUACCGCAAGUUGUGCCUCUCUUCACGCAUAG